AUGUCCCAUCCCAGUGCCCCCCCUCCAUAUGAAGACCGCAACCCCCUCUACCCUGGCUCCCCACCCCCUGGAGGUUAUGGACAACCGUCUGUCCUCCCGGGUGGCUAUCCUGCCUACCCUGCCUACCCACAACCUGGCUACGGUCACCCCGCUGGCUACCCACAACCUAUGCCCCCCAUCCACCCGAUGCCAAUGCACUAUGGCCCAGGUGAGGGCUACGGUGGGGAGGAGAGAGCAGUGAGUGACAACUUCGGAGAUUGGGAUGACAGGAAAGUCCGACACACCUUCAUCCGAAAGGUGUACACCAUCAUCUCCAUCCAACUGCUCAUCACCGUGGCCAUCAUUGCGAUCUUCACUUUCGUGAAACCAGUCGGCGAUUUUGUGAAGAAAAAUGUGGCUGUCUACUACGCAUCCUAUGCUGUCUUCCUGGCCACCUACCUGACUCUUGUUUGCUGCCAGGGACCCAGACGCCGCUUCCCAUGGAACAUCAUUCUGCUAACCCUGUUUACUCUUGCCAUGGGCUUCAUGACAGGCACUAUUUCCAGUAUGUAUAACACCAAAGCUGUCAUCAUCGCAAUGAUCAUCACUGCUGUGGUGGCCAUAGCAGUCACCGUCUUCUGCUUCCAGACCAAGGUGGACUUCACCUCUUGUGCAGGCCUCUUCUGUGUGCUGGGAAUCGUGCUGAUGGUGACUGGGAUUGUCACUGCCAUUGUGCUAUCCUUCAAAUACGUUUACUGGCUCCACAUGCUCUAUGCUGCUCUGGGGGCCAUUGGUUUCACCUUGUUCCUGGCUUAUGACACACAGCUGGUUCUGGGAAACCGGAAACACACCAUCAGUCCAGAGGAGUACAUUACCGGUGCUCUGCAGAUCUACACGGACAUUGUCUACAUUUUUACCUUUGUGCUGCAGCUGGUGGGGGACCGCAAUUAA